UUCGAACCUGAUACGUUGCUGUCAUUAACACCAUACGCUGCAUUCCAGGUUUCUUCUACUCUAGCUCGCAAAAACGCACCUGUAUUGAUAGGGAAGGCAGAAUUUGCUUGCUGAGCUGACUGUAAAUGUAUUCGCCUCUUUUCAUCAUUUCCACCCCAAAUCAAACGCCUUGUACGCUUGUCAAUGUUGUCACAAAUCAUUCGGUUUAAAUGUUAGUUUAUUAUAAUAACUAGGUCAUUGUAGAUCUAAGUUGGAUUUCAGUUGGAUCAUUUUAGUUGAACUAGUGUAGUGGUGGUUCUGAUAUCUUAAUGUACCUCUGUUUCAACAUGCCUGAUCCACUGUGUUCAGUGCCGGACCCACCAUAUAACAUGGCUAUGCACGUACAUACCCAUUAUUUAAAAUAAAAAAGAAAACCUGUUUAAAAAUGUGAAUUGUUAUUUAACCCCUUAAAAUUAAACAAAAACGCCCUAUUUGACCAUCCCUUCCCUAUCCUACCCUUACCAUUUACCCCCUUCCCAAUUACCUUCCUUUCAUUUAUUAUUCACUGAUGUUCUCUUUCCUCACCUAGUCUUUCACUGCUCCAGCACUACCAUACGUCUUCGGUUGCGAGACUAUAUUAUCUCUACCUCACCCUCCAUUGCACACACAUAAACAUUGGCCACUGUUGCUAUAUCCUCUGUUUUUGGGUGACGCUGUUAGCCAUCGAUGUGGGGCGUCGUUCCAUUCUUGCAGACCAUUGAUGUUGGGCGUCGUUCAGACCACCGAUGUUAGGCACCGAUGUUGGUUGUUUGCUACUGCUAGGAAGCAUUGUUGGUUGAGCGCUAUUGCCCAUCACUAUUGGCCUCCUGUGUUAAAGAGUGGAAUAAAACUGUGAAGGGCUGAACUAGCCCUAAUUAAGUCAGUCCCAUGGUUUAAACUAGCAAAUAAUGAAUGUCACCCAUGGGCAUAACUGGAUCUGGUGCAGUUUCGCCUCUGGUCCAGACUAAGGUAAUUCCGUCCAGACUAAGGUAAUUCCAAAGUGCUUUGAACUAAGGUAAAUUUUAGAAUACUACAAUGAUUGAACUUAUUCUUUGUGAGUGUACUCCAUGGGAUGCUCUGGUUUUUGUGUAGUCUACCCCGUAGGCUGAGCUGAUUUUAACUUAGUCUCCACUGGUGUACACUCACUUAGAUGUAGUUUUAUAAUAUUCACAAAAGUACAAACUCCACAAACUAAGUUACUUCUUAUGCACUUGCUAAUGUGCGGCCAUCAACCAAGUGGGUCAAAAAGUUAGGUCCGACGAGUAGGACGGAUUAGGGGUAUAACCGUUUAAGGUGCCGACAUGGUUUUGUGGUGCAGUGGCUCUCUUAGGCGGUGGCAUGGUGGAAUAAUGUGGGUGAGAUUGGUGAGGCAGUGGGGAUGAGUGAGUGGUAGACGGCUGCUUCUCGUGCUGAUUACUGCGUCAGAAUUGUGGCGGUGCUUCAGCAGCUGUGAUGGUGGUCGGGUAUGCUUUGGAUAAUUGAGAAAGAUGGUAAAAGAAGAGAGAGAAUUCAAGAGAAAGAGUAUGAAGUGUGGUAAAUUAGUAAGGGCAGAAUAGGAAAGGGUAGAAUAAAUUAGGGCGUUUUUGUGGAAUAUAAGGGCGCCAUUUAACUAGUGUAUAAGGAGGGUAGGGAUGGAUGAAUGAGUAAGUAAUUUAGUAAAAUUCAAAUUCUAGAAAUCAAGUUUUAGUGUUCCCAAACGGGGGAAUUGGAAUUGAAAUUUGUCAUUUGUGAUUCCGAAAUUGAAAUUCAGUAUUUGAAAUGAAAUGUGAGUUCCCCAACGGGCUCUUAGGUAAUUAGGGUUUAAGUUUGUGAAUUUGCUAGGAUUCGGGGAUUUGGGACUUGGGACUACGUGGGCACACGGCGCACCAGCGCCAACGCACCAUCACGAAACCACUCCCCCUGGUUGAGUCAGAAACGACAUUAAUGAUUGCCGGCACCCGGCCGGUAUCGGUAGUCGACGGAGCAACUAGCAAGUGUACUGCUAUGGCUACUGCAACGCUUGACUCGGUAAUAAUGUACCCAAUUCACUAUCAACGUCAGUAUAACCAGGAUUCUUAUGCUUGUCAUUUAUACACACCCAACCGAAUCUCGUUUAGAAAAAACUGCCUGUCAACAUGCUCCACGUGGAAAAGUGUUACCAUUAUCCAACAGGUGUGAAUAUAUUGACCUACACAAUGUGCUGGUACCUUAUGGUGAGGCGUGGGCUUUGCAGAAGGCCAUUGUUAAAGAAAAGAAAUCUUUGAUUGAGAGAAAUGAAGAGUGCCCUGAUACUCUAAUUAUGCUGCAACACCCUCCCGUUUAUACUCUAGGCACUGGUAGCUCUGUGGACUUCUUGAAUUUUAAUAUGGAAGAUCCCCCUUAUGAAGUUAUUAGAACUGAACGUGGUGGUGAAGUUACCUACCAUGGACCUGGACAGCUGGUUAUGUACCCUAUUAUCAAUCUUCGAAAUCACAACAUGGAUCUUCAUUGGUACCUAAGGGCUCUUGAGGAGGUGGUGAUUCGUGUUCUUUUCUCAACUUUUUCCAUUGAGGCGUCUCGACUCAAGGGCUUCACUGGUGUUUGGGUUGGAAACCAGAAGCUGGCAGCAAUUGGGAUACGUGUAUCUCAAUGGAUUGCAUACCAUGGACUAGCUCUGAAUGUUUCUAUAGACAUGACACCCUUUCUACAGAUUGUACCUUGUGGAAUACGAGACCGUAAAGUUGGAAGCAUUAAGCAACUACUUGGAGAACUCCAAGCAUCCCGCCAUUGUUCAACCAUGGAUCACCUCGGUGCUGAUGAUUCUCUACUCAUCAAAAUGGCCCAUAAAUCACUGAUUCAGGAAUUUUCUGAAGUAUUCCAACUUAAACUUGAGAAAGUAUCCCGGCCAGCAUCAUAUUUCCAGAUAGAGGAAAACCCUUCGAGUCAUUUGGGUAACUAGGGUGUUGUGCAUGGUAUUCACUUGGAGAAAAUUGGUAUAUCUGAAGGAAUGUUGUGACUGAAAAAUUACGGUUCCAUUUCGAGAAAAGCAAAACCAUGCUGCAGGGAUGGGCUGAUGUAGGGUUAACUAGCUUUUACACCAGGUAGUGGAGUAGAUUGUAACAUCAUAUAUUCAUAUGAACCAUUUUAUGGUGCUAUACAUUGCUGUAAGCCUGUAACUAAGAGACUUCACAAAAGUAGUAGUAUUUUCUAAUUCUCGCUUUA